AUGUUGGUGACGACAGGGCUGUCACUGUGGGCGCUGUUGGUGCUACCUGGAGGGUUGGGAUUUCUUGAAUGGAACCACUAUCGAAACAAGUUCAACUUCGGUCUCCACCUUUCUUUCGUCGAGAUCAUCAUCCUCAUCGACAUCAUCCUCUUCAUCGACAUCCUUCUCUUCAUCGACAUCCUUCUCUUCAUCGAUUUCCUCUUCUUCAUCGAUAUCCUCCUCCUCUUCAUCGAUAUCCUCUUAUUCUUCUUCAAUAUCCUCUUCUUCAUCGACAUCCUCAUCCUCAUCGACAUCACAUUCGACAACGACCUCCACAUCUUCAUCGUCAUCAUCGUCACUGCCAGUCUAUCGAAAGACGAGCGAAUCGUCAACAUCGGAGACAACAGCUUCGUCCUCAAGCAGUGCACAUUCAUCCUCAACAACCAGUCAUGCGACCAUAUCCUCCUCAUCGAGCUCAUCAAGCUCGUCAAGCUCCUCAAGCUCGUCCGAUCAUUCAUCUAG